GGAAGUGCCCGUCACUGUCGGGGUGGGCGGGUUUGGGGAAGGCCCCCACCCUCCUCUGUCCUCUGAAGGAGCCUGGUCCUCACUGCUGGUGCUGAGACUCCUCCAGGGGCCCCCCAAGACCUCCCGUCUGGCCUUGAGGGCUCUGCCUGUCUUCUCACCCGGGAGGAGGGCAAGGUCAUGGGGCUGCCCCUGCUGCUGCCCCUGCUGCUGCUGCCGGCGUCUCUGCAGGCUGGUCACAGGACACAAAGAAAUUCACAGCAUCACUAUGAGAUGAAGCAACCAAGGGAUCUCUCAGCCCCUGAGGGUGGCUCCAUCCUCAUCCCCUUCUCCUUCUCUUACUCCGGGGAAUUAGCCAAGGAUCCCAACAUGAGAAUAUCCUGGAGAUGGAAUCACUUCCAUGGGGAGUUCAUCUACAACACAACCCCUCUGUUCACCCAUAAGAAUUUCAAGAACCGGCUCUUCCUGAACUGGGCAGAGCCUGAGAAAAAUGGCUCCCUCCGGAUCUCAAACCUGCGGAGGGAGGACGAGUCUGUGUACUUCUGCCGGGUGCGGUUGGACACACUGAGAGAUGGCAAGCAGAGGUGGCAGUCCAUCGAUGGGACCAAACUCACCAUCACCCACACCAGCAAGACAACCACCCAGAACCCCAGCACCACGGCUGCCGCCACUGCUACAGCUGGCCUUAGGAACUCAGAGGGCGGAAAGAGCCCGUGGUCUUGGCUCCAGAGUACGGAAGCUGCAGUUGGGUUGGCACUGGCCAGCGCUGCGCUUGUGGCAGCAAUUGUGGUGCUGAUUGUGUGCCUUAGAUGCAGGAGAAGAAAAAGUGUGCAGACUGAAGGCAGGAACCCAGCCAGGGAGUCCUUCAAAAACACGGAAGAGAAUUACGAGAACAUUGGGAAUAAAGGACAACAUGUAGACCCCAAGCCGGAUGCCAAGGAUGAUGGUGGUGGCAGCGGAGGAGUCCUCUACGCCUCCCUCGCUCUCUCUAAGUUAAACUCACCAGCAACAGCAGUGUCUCCCUUGCCCUCUCCCCAUGGGGGCCCCCAGGAAGAGACCCUAUACUCUGUCUUAAAGACCUAAGCAGUAGGACUGAGUGAGGACCUCCUUCAAGUCAGCUGCACACAGGAAUCUCAGUUCCCCACAAUCACCCCGGCCACACACAGAUCACUCAGAAGCCGGCAGGUGCUGACGGCCACCAAGGACCCGAGAGUCACACAGCCACCGCUCCAAUUCCCUCUUCAACUUCCCAGCCUUUCACCACAAAAAUAAAACUACCUGUACAAUUUCCCUGAACACAUCUAAGGAGAAAGCUGAUGUCACCUUCAACUUCUGUAUUUCCAGAAGUAAAAAAAAAUGAACCAUGAAUGCUAGCUCACACCCAGAUCCCUCCCCUAGUACUCUGUUCAGUGACUGCCUCAGGCCAGAGAUAAAUAAAUCCCCAAACACUGGUAAUCAAUCUGGAACCCAAGGUCUGUCCCCCUAAUCUAACCCUUCUACUUUCCUUAGGAUAAUAACUAGCAUGUGUCAUGUGUUCAUGCUUUACACGCAUGGCCUCAUUUCAGCAUCAUCAAUCACCGUAUAUGGCACUGGAUGCACCAUCUGAGACAGGAUAAGAACCAGAAUGGUCACAGUGCUUUUCCCAAGGCCAUAUUGCUAGUAAGUGGCUGAGGCAGGUUGUAAACCCAGACCUGCCCUCUCGAUGUCCUUCUCCCAGGACUCAGGUGUCAUCGCCUUCCCAGAUCCGUAUACUGACAGGUCUCCCACCAGAAGGCACCAUGUGCCCAGUGACAUGCAGGAGAAAAGGA